UUCCUCUGUGUAUUUAAAUCAGUUUUGGAUGCUGCCAAAUGGCUAUGAAAUAUGAUAAUAAGCACACAAAGGAGGCCCCUCCCCCCGACCCUCAUCUUUUAUAACCCUUUUAAAGUGACGUCCUAUAACCUCUAGCUAGCCAUGAGUGUAUUUUCCACUUAUUCUUUGAGUCCCAGACAUUGCUCUUAUAAUGCUGCGGCGUCUGGCACAGAACACAGUGUGCUGGCAGCACUGUGAUUUAUGUCUGUGCUGGAUUCAGACAGCUUGAGUACCGAGCUUUGAUCUCCCUCACACACACACACACUCACAAGCGCACACUAAAACAUCAGCACCUUGGAGUCUGUGGAGGAAGAGCUUGCUGGUACUGAUUCGGUUUCUCCUGUCCUGGGCCUGGCGACAGCAGCAGCCCAUGUGACUUUGCUCCAACCAAUACCAACGCAUUCAUGUUUGGGCCAGCCAGCAGCAGCAGCAGUUAGAGGUGGCGAACUCCUGUAGAAGAGAAUCUGUAAACGGAGGGAGAGAGAGAGACGGGGAGAAGGAACAAAUGAGAAAAGGGGAGGGGAGUAGUGAGUGAAUGAGCGAGUGAGUGAGCGUUCAGGAUGCAAGGACAGUAGAACAAUAAGAAGAAAGAAUGGGGUGGCUUCUCGGAUGCUGAUUCGUGAUCAGCGUUCUGUGGGAGAAACUGACGAGAGCAUGUCUGAGGACGGAGAGACGAACGCAUCAGGAGGAAAUGUCUGAUGGGGGUCAAGGAAGAGCAAGGGGAUGUCAUUCAGCUAUCUGAAAGUUCACAAAACAUGACAGAUGACCUCUUGAGCUGCAUUGAGAGGGGGAGAGCGCUAUGGACGGAUCGGAAGAUGUUGUCCACAGCCCAGCAGAUGCUGCAGGAUAGUCGGACGAAAAUCGAGCUGCUCCGCAUGCAGAUUGUCAAAGUCACACAGGCCAGAGAAGGAGAGAGAGAGACCACACAGCAAGAAGGUCGCCCUUCUGAAACAAUCAGUCCUCUCGAGCUGCGGGUGGAGGAGCUCAGGCACCAUCUAAGGAUUGAGGCAGCUGUGGCAGAAGGUGCCAAAAAUGUGGUUAAGCAGCUUGGUGUCCGUAAAGUGCAAGACCGACGUGCUCUAGCGGAAGCUCAGGCCCGUUUGCAGGAAUCCUCUCAAAAACUGGACCUGUUGCGUUUGUCUCUGGAGCAGCAGCUUGGAGAACUUCCCCAAGACCAUCCCAAACGAGCUGCCAUUAAAGAAGAGCUGACAGUAGGUUCCUCUCCUGGUAUUGGGUUGCAAAGGGAACGCCUGCGCUCUUCAUCUUCAGCAUCCUCUUCUCUCUUUAAACCAGCCAGCCUGACAGGGCGAUUGGAGGUCAGGUUGAUGGGUUGUCAGGACCUGCUGGAGUCAGUUCCAGGCCGCUGUCGUGUAAGCAACAUGUCCUCCGCUCCUGGAAGUCCAUCUGACUCCAAAUCACUAAGAAUGAGAACCGGCCUUUCCACUCGCAGCACCAACGGCAAGACCACCAAGACUGAUGAACUGUCAUCUGAAAUCAGUGCUGUGUUGAAAGUGGAUAACAAGAUUGUUGGUCGCACACAUUGGCGGCCGCUGAGUAAGGAUGCCUGGAACCAAAGCUUUAGCAUCGAACUGGAGCGGUCUCGAGAACUGGAGAUUGCUGUGUAUUGGCGAGACUGGAGGUCCCUGUGUGCCGUGAAGUUCCUGCGUUUGGAAGACUUUCUAGACAACCAGAGGCACGGCAUGUGUCUUUAUCUGGAGCCGCAGGGCACACUGUUCACAGAGGUGAGAUUCAUCAAUCCUGUCAUUGAGCGGCAUCCUAAACUACAACGACAGAAGAGGAUUUUCCCUAAAGAAAAAGGGAAGAAUUUCUUACGGGCAGCACAGAUGAAUAUGAAUUUCGCAACUUGGGGGCGUCUGAUGAUGAGUGUGUUACCCCCCUGUAACAGCACCAUUACGGCCCUCAGCCCUCCGCUGCCUGGCUCAGAGCCGCUGUCUCCUCCAUCUGUGUCCACACCACCCUCCACAGGAGACUCAGCAGUUGUUAAACUGAAUUUCAGCGAGGAACGGCCCACCAAGCCUCCGCGCCUUCACUUGGCGCAGAACCCUUCAGCUGAUGAAUCACUUUCUGGGACUCCUGCCAGAGUAAACUCCACUGAGGACCGCCGAGUUCUCCAAGCCAGGCCUGCGUCCCAGCCUACAACUCAGAGGCAAGAAGGGAUGCAGAUGGAGGACUUUAACUGCAUUUCUGUUUUAGGAAGAGGGCACUUUGGAAAGGUCCUUCUGGCUGAAUUCAAGAGGACUGGGAAACUUUAUGCCAUCAAAGCCUUGAAAAAAGGGGAUGUUGUGACCCGGGAUGAAGUGGACAGUUUAAUGUGUGAAAAGAGGAUUUUUGAGACCAUCAAUGCGUCCCGACAUCCUUUCCUGGUGAACCUGUACGGCUGCUUCCAGACGCCUGACCAUGUGUGUUUUGUGAUGGAAUAUUCUCCUGGAGGAGACCUGAUGACCCACAUCCACAACAACAUCUUCUCUGAACGCCAGGCCAGGUUUUAUUCUGCUUGUGUAUUACUGGGCCUGGAGUUUCUGCACCAAAACCGGAUUGUCUAUAGGGAUCUUAAGCUGGAUAAUCUGUUAAUGGACUCUGAUGGCUUUGUGAGAAUUGCAGAUUUUGGACUUUGCAAAGAAGGUAUGGGAUAUGGAGAUCGUACAUCAACCUUUUGUGGCACCCCAGAGUUUCUGGCUCCAGAGGUUUUGACAGACAGCAAUUACACCCGUGCAGUGGACUGGUGGGGUCUGGGUGUGCUCAUCUAUGAGAUGCUCGUUGGAGAGUCUCCAUUCCCUGGUGAUGAUGAAGAGGAGGUGUUUGACAGCAUAGUGAAUGAUGAAGUGCGCUACCCCAGGUUUAUGUCUCCAGAGUCAGUCUCCGUUAUCCAAAAGCUGCUGCAGAAGAACUCUGAAAAACGACUGGGGGCAGGAGAGCAAGAUGCCAACGAAGUCAAGAAACACCGUUUUUUCCAGGGCAUUGACUGGGAGGCUCUGCUGGCCAAAAGAGUCAAACCUCCAUUCCUGCCGUCAAUUAAAACAGCAGCGGACGUCAGUAACUUUGACGAGGAGUUCACACGCCUCAAGCCUGUCCUGACUCCUCCACAGACGCCGUUCUUCCUUAGCGCCGAGCAGCAGGAGUUCUUUGCGGACUUCGACUUCUCUGCCCUGCACUGACUUCCGCUCCAUUACACUCGGAUGGGGUUGUGACAUAUCAAAUCUCUUCUUCCUUUUUCUCUCUGUCUUCUUCGUCCAGAUAUUCUGUCACUUGAGUUGCGCAGUCAAAUCAAGUGAAGCUGGCCCCGUCUCACCCUUUAAAAGCUGCUGCUUGUGAAUCUGGCUGCACAUGUGCGCUUGCGCUCCAAAGACGGUCCAGACCGGACGUUAAAACCAAGAGGAAACCAUACGAUCAGCACUGUGAGUAAACUCAAAUCUGCUCAGCUUUUAAACUGCCCACCCUUGGCAUUCACACAUGCAGUAAUAAGUGAUAUUUUGGGGUUCCACUGCUUAUGGCGUGCAGAAACACCAGUGUUGAUUUUCGCUCUGACCAGCUGUAAAAUAGAGAAGUCUUCCUGUUACACUGAACUUUGAUGCCAAAAUAUACUUGCACUGUCGCCGAACAGAUAAUGAUUGUCAGAUUGAGACGGUUGUGCUGUCUGCUUUGGUUGUUUUUAAGGAUUUCUGAUGUCGCGCUGAUCUGAGUGAUACAUCUUAAGCUCCUUAACUUCCCGAUUGUAACUGUCGAAGUGUGUGCUAAUGCAAAUUCCUCCACGCUCAGUCUAUGCGAUGUACGUUCAUGUUAAAGCCUCACAUUUUGAUCUCUGGCUGUCCCUAAUCUGGAUUUGAUUUAGGAUUGGUGCCCCAGAUAGACGUUGCUCCUUGAAUUUAUUUUUUUUUUUUGGGACUUGUUCUCAACUUUCCACUGUACUUACAGACGUCUUGUGACUUUUAGCGACGACUUUCUCUUUAAAGCCCUCCUCUGGACUAAUCUAGGACUGUUGAAUUAGACUAAGCAUAUUCUACUUAAUGUCUUAGCAUGAUACGGUUAGCACAUUCAGUCACUUAAGAAGUCCAAACGCAUCAUGUAUCAUAGAAGCUGAUUUGUUAUUUAACGUGUUUGUCUGUGUUUUACUUUCGACGACCGCCAUCAGAACACCAUCCUAUCAUUGUUAAUGUGGUUUACUACUGAUAAUGUACACUGUGAACAAAAUGACACUAAAAAAUCUAUUUAAAGGAAACUUUCCAUUUCUAUGAGCUACAUGAAGGAUAAAUAAAUAUCUAUGGAACUGAAGGGGAUGAAUGUAUUUUCAGAAAUAAAAUACAACGUGACCAUGUUGUUUAGUUUAUUGAAUACUGAUAUUUCAAAAUAUACAUGGAGGAAAAAUCAAUUGCAUAACUUUGAUCAAAAUGGAGCAGAUCGUUCAGGAAAUCCUUGCAUUAAUGAUAGUACAUUUAAAAACACACAAGUGCAAAAAGAAGCAAACUGAAAUCAAGCCAAAGCUGAAACUAUUAUUGCUGAUUUUUAAUCUUAUUGACUGAAGAAAAUCACACUUUGUGGUUUUCGUUGUACUGCAUUUAUCUGUAAAUGUCUUACUUUGCUCUGUUCUGACAGUCAAAAAUGGACCUUAGUCUAACAGUCAAAGGAAUGUCACAUGCAUUUACUCCUGCUGAUGUGAAAUAGGAAAGGCCAUGUUUACACAAUAUGUUAUAUCUGUAAUGUUGAACAUUACUGCACGGAUUAUGUUCAUAUUCUAAGGGUACAUUUACA